CUCGCUGUCAGCCAAUGAGGAACAGGGGCGGUAAAGGGGGAGGGACAGAACGCAGGAGGCGAGGCUAAGGAACUUUUGACGAGUUUGUCACGCCUCAGCAACCCGAAGACGUGAAAAGCCAUGCAUUUUGUCGUAUCGAUGAAGGCAGCCCCUGCGGCCCUCAGCGUCGUCAUGGGGCUGUUCCUGGCCGCGCGCCGGGCGGGGGACGAGCACGACCGCACGCUGAAGGCCAUGCACGACUUCGCCAGAAGUGUCAAACCCUCGGCCAUCCGGCAGUUCGGAAUGAUCCUGCUGGCGCGCGGCAACGAUCCUCUGUCCGUCCUCCCGGACCCCGCCACGGCCACCGGGAACGACGCCCCCCUUGUGGACGAGUACCACCCGGUGUGGCCGCACGACGGGGGGAACAUGGCCCAGAACUUCAGCGUCGCCAUCGAGGACCUCGAGAAGAAGAGGGGCGAAGUGGGGAUUUCCGGGACGUCCGCCGGCGACCUGUGCGACGCCUGCCACAGGAGUCUGGAAUCGCAGCCCGGAGGCGAAUACGAGAUCAUCACGUCGCGAAUGGCGAGGCUGCUGGAAGCGGGCCCCUCCAGUCUGCCUCUCCGGGCCUUCUACCUCUUCACGUACCUCCUUCCCUGCGAGUCCUGCCUCCUUCAGAUCUCCAAGACGCUCAGGAGCAUCCUUCGCUCCUUCGGUUAUUCGAACCUUGACAUUUAUAUAGGCUAUGUAGAGGAAGGGACCAAGUGGCACAGACAGAGCCGCAUAACCCGCGUGCCGAUCGCAGACGACGGCUUCCGCACCCGCAGCCUGCCGCCGUGCACUGACCCGAGGCUUCGCGGCAACACUUAUCUAAGGAAAGUGAAGCUUGAUGCACCUCUCGCGUGCUCUCGCUCUCGCUGAAUCUGUCACAAGGGUUGAUAGGGAAUGUCAGUCGCUCAUAACUGAUGAAAAUGAAUGUAAAAUACUUGAUGGAAUUAUCGUGAAAAUAUAUUAUGAUCUGUAUGAUGAUAUAUGCUGAUACUGUCGUGAAAUUGACGGUUCAUGUUUUGUUAUAUUGCAAUGGUGCUAAUAUCAAAUAUUUCUUUAAUGGCAUUUAUCAUCCAUAUUUCAUCGAUAUUAGAAUAUUAAAUGAUAAGCAAUCAA